UUGGCUUGGCUCCAUGGCUUUCAGUUUUCCUGAUGUAUUUCACUGGAUUCAGAAUCUUCCACCAAUCUCAGAAUGGGAAACAAGUUCCAUGUCCCUCAACAUAUGUUCUUCAAUCUCUUCCCAACCAUUUCUUAAUCUCACCAUAGCCAAAAUUCUCCAAUCCUCAAAACUCUCUCUUUCCAUUGUUGCUGAAUUCAAUGUUCAAGUCCAUCUUUGGAACUCAAAACCAUUCAGGCCUAGCAUCAAAACCUCCAAGGUAAUAGAUGAAGAAACCGUUUCCGAUUUCUUCGUCGUAUUCAUUCAGUCCAUCCUUCAUUACGGCAACAACAAGAACAGCCCCUUCAUCAGAAUCCCAAGACUUGACUCUGUUCCCAACAUUGAAGAUAUUUUCAAUGUUUCUUUCUUCACUCUGUUGUUCCUUGUUUGCAUAUAUGAAGCUCCUUCUGAUCUUCGUUCUGGGUGUGUUGCUGUUUUGAAAGACCACUUGACAAGUUUUCAGUCAAGACAAGCAUCCAUUUUGCUCAUGAAACUGUUGGGUUCUAACUUGGAAGAGCUGUGGAUGCGUUCUGUGAACCUUGCUGUCACAAGUUGGAUUGGGGAGCAAAAACCGCCACAGAACAACUUCAAAACACCAUGUCCUCUGUUUUCUCAUGCGUUUUCAACGUUGGGGUUGUGGAAAGUGCAGUUGUAUUGUCCUGUCAUAGCCAUGGAUGUUGAGAAAUCAGAAAGCGUUUCAGCCAAUGACAGGCUUCAAUUCUCUCUCAAAUAUCACCAAGUUGAAAGUGUUCUCCAAUUCAAUUACAAAGUCACAAUCAAAGAGAAGUGGGUUGAAAUCAUGGUCAACGUUGACAACAUAAGGUGCGAUGUUACCAAAUUGGUGAAUGACUCCCUCAUGAACGAACGAGGUGCAGGCGCAACUGAAAAACAUUUUCUUUCAAGAAUAUCAUUGCAACUAACCCCAACUCUCCAAGACCAAGUGCUCAGCCUAUCAGUUGACAAAUCCUCAGAGAAUCCAGAAACUGAAAUCGGCGUGGACAAAGGCAUAGAAGCCUCAUUUGAGCCAGCAAGUACCUUGGGAGUCAAGGUUUCAGCUGGAGAAUCCACAACCGUGAGCUUAAAACCAUGGAAAUUUGAGGAAUCCGUGUACGGAUACAGCGCGAAUCUGAAUUGGUUUCUUCAUGAUGUCAUGGAUGGCAAAGAAGUUUUCUCAUCCAAGCCUUCAAAGUUCGCCUUGAUCAACCCGAAGUCGUGGUUCAAGAACCGGUACUCAAGUGCUUGCAGGCCUUUCACUAGGCAAGGAGGGGUUAUUUUUGCAGGUGAUGAAUAUGGAGAGAGGGUGUCAUGGAAAGUGGACAAAGAAGCUAUUGGGAAAACGAUGGAGUGGGAGAUUAGGGGGUGGAUUUGGUUGACCUAUUGGCCUAACAAACGAAUGACAUUGUAUAAUGAAACUAGGAGAUUGGAGUUUCGAGAGUUGGUUCAUCUUGAUGUUGCUUAACCUUAUAGCCUAGAAUAUAUGUGUGAAGUAUAUUUAAACAUGUGAUUCCUUGUUGUAUGAUAAAAAUGAACCUAUACAACAACCUAUGUUC